AGAUGCCAUCCGUGAAGUUCGUAAGUACUCCGUCGGUGUAAGCGAAGUGGAUUUAAAGAACAAUCCACAGUCAGAAGUGAUGAUUCAUAUGAAGUUAUUCCGUGCACAGAGAAAUCUUUACAUUGCUGGCUUUGCUUUCUUUCUCUGGAUUGUGUUGAAGCGUAUGUCAGGACUGAUCUCUGAAGAAGCCACUCUCAUUGCUAGCAAUGCUGCUACCAAGAAACAAGCCGAGAAUGCCAGUGAGACAGCACAGAAACUUAUGAAUGAGAAAGAGGAACUGGAGAAGCAACUGAAAGAGCAAACCAAAGAGCCUCGCGGUAAGACUUCCAGAUCUGGUUCUAUGGCUGAAAUAGUUGUGGCAGCUGUUGCUGACAGUGAAACCACUAAAGAAUUAGCUGCUGUGAAGGAGGAACUAAAAGAAACCAAAGCAGCUUUGGAGAAAGCCGAAACCGACCUGGCUGCUUUGAAGAAGCAAGCUGAGGGGACCAAUACAGAGUAUGAUAGAUUACUGAACGAACACAGUGACCUACAGGCGAAAAUUGAACUUGCAGAAUCUAAGAAAGACAUGUGAAAACUGAUGGACAUAGGAAACUUUUCCUGAAAUGUUACAAUACGCAGUUGGUUUAACUAAUAAAUAUUUGAUUACUGCUUCUUUUUUUUUCACCAGCACUAUACACUUAUAUACCGGGCUAUAAAGGAAGUAAUGCAUGAUGGGUAAUAUGGGGUUAAAAGGUGCUUCUGUGUAAUGAUAAUUAUUUGUUUUAUCAAUUAUAGAAAUUCAUAUAUUUUUUAAGAACAAUAUCUCCAAUUAUUGAGCACUUGUAUCUCAUGCAUUUAUACACAGAUAAGUUUUGUAUUCUAGUUUGUAUUUUAGUUGACCACCCCGACUACCAUAGAGAUUCAUGUAGACAUAUGCAUAAAUAAAUGUACACAUAUGCAUAAACUAAUCUUGUAAACUACUAAUAUUGUGAAAUUAUUUAGCUAAUCAGCAUGCUUGCUAACUCCAGUAAAAAUGAUAUAAAGUAUUGAUAUCUUGCGGAAUAAAAUGUUUCAUCAAAUAAAUGACAAAAAGGAAAUAAAUAAGGAGAAUAUUUGUACUUGUAUGGUUCCAUGGCUAACUUGAGUUGACUUUCAAGUCGCCAGUAUCUGUAUCCAAAGAUGCUGGUAGAAUCCAUCCAUAAGAGUAUGUUGGCCAAGUCCAUCCAUGAAAAAUUUUGAAUUGUGGCAUUUUCAAAAUGCAUAUUUAUAUUUUUUAGUUUGUAAUGUUUAGUAUUUAAUAAUAUAUUGUUUUGGUACACUUUUCCUCAUACCCAUGCUUUCACUUUUGGAUUCUGCAUGACCAAAUCUCUAGUUCUUGGAAGCUAGAUGAUGAGGUAGUCUUGCAUACGACUGAUCAGAAAAAUCAAUCCUCCCCAUGUCCCAAUCACAGAAUGGACACUGGCAUUUGAGAACUUG